AUCCUGUCAAGGGAGGAGGGCGUCGACGUUGUAGAGACGGGGACCGUGAAAUGUGCAGGGCUUAUGAGAGAUAAAGGGGGGUCGUUUUGCCACUAGAGACAUAUGUAAUCAAAUUAAGUUUAUUGCACGUUAUUACGUGGUAGUUGGUUGGUACGCUUUAAGUGGUGAUUCGCUUUGUUUUAUUUCUUUCUGUUAUUUAAUUGUAAAUCCUCGUUGGACCGUGUGCAAGAAGGCAACAGGAGAGCGACAAACGAAAAGUAAAACCAAAUUUAAAAAAUUAAAAUGGCCUGCACUUUCUCUGUGGGCAGCUGUGGCAGAGAGAACAUUUGUGUCGGACAGUGGCGCACAGGAAAGCGCCGUGGACAAAGGCAAGGCGCGAAGAAUUGUGCGCCGGGAUCCCCCAACGGCUGGGCCGCUCGCUAGACCCGGGGUCAGGACUGGAUAGGCCGGCCGCGGUUUCUUUGGGACGGAAUGCCCCCGAGGCCUGCCUGAAAAGGUUUGACGUAUGGAAGUUUUAUUUUAUUUUUUUACUUUUAUAAUAGAAGGUUGACAGGAUUACUCCUUCGUCCUUUUUAUUUUUUCUAUUGAUGAACAGUAUAAUCGCUGGUACAAAUUUCAUUUUUUCUUCCUAAUUGCAAUUUGGCGGCAUGGAAACUAACGGCCUGUACACGAAGCAGCGCGUCACGUCCUUCAUGCGGUCUGAAGAGCAGGGAAACUCGUGGAUUGGGACACUGACCGCCCUUGUUACUAGGCCCAGCCUGCUACUUCAGCGCUACUUUCCAACCUGGACAGGUAUCGGCAGUGUCUGUGACUUCCGAAAGGCGGUCCAGGGGCAGGAUCGCAGCCCACCGCUGUCUUUGGUGCACUGUCAGCAUGGAGAUGAUUUUCUCUCCGCUGGCACAUCUCUAAGCUGGUUUAACGCACAGGCCUUGCAGGAGGUGGGGUUGAUGGACUUGGAGCCGACACUUGUGGCACUGGACGGGUGUUGUAUGAAAAAGGUAAACCACAGCCAGAAUCUGCCAGACGAACAGCAAAUUAAACGAGAGCCGACAGCCUCGUGUGGUUAUGUAUCCACUGUACGGAAAUCUUUAAACCAGGAGUGGUUACAUAUGGCGUCUGUCAUGUCUGCUCAGAGUAGCCAGUUGAUGACUCCAAACUUGCCGGUUGCUGUUAGUAAGACUUGUGUUAGGCAUUCGCCUUUGGAAUCCAGUGCAAAAUGGAACUGGUGGGCCAAUUUGUGGGGUUGGACCGAUUAUGGCAAACCAGAUCCAGAUGAAGCCCAAAAUCGAGAUGAACGACACCUGUUGCAGUCUCUUGCAAACGAUUCUCACAACCAGCUUUUUUGUGGGGAAAAUACGGGAUGCUUGUCACAUAAUAGAAAGGCUGACAAUAGCAGCACCGAAGCGGCCUUACCAGAAGGGUUGUUGUGUCCCGAAAAGCCUCGGCUGGAUCUGACGCUGGUCUGCAGUAUCGCGGCAGGCAGCGAGGUGCUUCUCCUUACCCCUGAUCAGGAUAAUGGGUAUUCGAGUCUGGAGGAAGAACAUUCUGCAGGUAAACUUGCCAAAAUGGACCCUUCCUCCAGAGCAGAAGUAGUUAUACAUCCUUGUUGCACACAGCUUACGGACCUCCCUGAUGAAUUUUCUGUCAUUGGUUCAGAUAAGGAGAACUUGGUAAAUGAAGCUGUAAAUUUUCAUCCUGCUGAGGAAACGGCAGAAUGUGUCACACCUGGAGACACUCUGCCCUCCGUUUCCAAACCCCAGUGUCAGAAUAAAAUGAUCUCUUAUAUUAUCGGGGGCUACUGCACUAGUGAAAGCUCUAGUGAGGAUUCAGAUGUGGCUUGCAGCGAGGAGGAUGAUGAUGGUUUUGACAAUGAUAGCUCAUCUGUAUUUUCAGAUUCAGAUGAAGAGAAUUCACCAGAACCAGAGAACCUACUGGGCUUCUUUACUCAAAGCUCAGAUCCCUAUAAUCUCCAAAAUUUCACUGCAACUAUCCGGAGUGCCAAACCCAGUAAUCCAAGUGAGGAACAAGAAAAUUCAAAUACAGAUGAGGGUUCAGAGGAAGAGAGUUCUCUAGGUUCAUCCUCUUCAGAGGAAGAGGAGGAUGAAGAGAAAGAGGAAACAGAUUCUGAGGAUGACCAGAGCAGUGAUGAGGAAGAAAAUCUCAAGCUCUGGAAUUACUUUGCUUGUGGCAAGGACCCCUAUAGCCCCUUUAAUUUCCAAGGUCCUGUAAGAACUAAAAAGGCUUGGCAAAACCAGACUCCUCUCUCUAGCUGCCAAGCAGCAAACCAGCAAAGCCUACUUUGCCAUAACGUAAUGAAAGGACCUUUGGACAGCUACUCAUUAGAAACCUCCUCCCAUGAGGAGGAUCGCUUGGACAGUGGCUUCUAUGAGGCUGUCUGCAGCAGGGAGGAAGAAAAAGAAGAUCUAGUAUUUGUCAAGAGGAAGAAGGUAACGUUUUCUGUUGAGGUAGAGGAGUUCUACACAAGUUGUGAUGAAGAUCGUCACGGCCCUUGGGAAGAGCUGGCACGGGAUAGGUGCAGAUUUCUCCGUCGAAUACAAGAAACUGAAGACUCAAUUGGAUACUGCCUCUCAGCUGCCCACCGUGAACUUGUGCUUCAAAGACUGCUUUCAAAAUAAUAAUUUUGCAAAAUUUCAGAAUUCAUGGAAGAGUCGUAGUUAUGAAUUAAGGGCAUGGAAAUGCUAGCAAGGGCUUUUAAAGUCAUCAUCUAGUAAUGGUCUGAUCUUAGUUUGUGCUUCCUAUUUCCCUGCUGGCAUGUCUGUUAUCAAUGCAGUAAGACACACUGAGCUUUCUGUUUGGAUGCAACACUGGCACUUUCUAUAAUUCCCAUAAGAUUGAAAGGAAUAAAGUAAAUUGUAUUUUGUUUAAGAUAUUUUUGUCAAAUAGACCAGUAUUCAGUUUGUGCUGCUUUUAAUUUUUUUUUUUUUACCAAAAUGCAGGCAAUUUUUUGGCGUUUAUUUCCAAACUUGGAUUUUACAUAUUCCUUUUCUAUGCAAAUACUUUUGCAUGCCAAAUAUGCAACAAUGAAAUGUUAGGCUGUGUGCAAUGCAUUUAGUUUGCUCAGUAGCCUUUAAUGUAAGGCCUGUAAGCCAGAUAAUCUAAAUCUUGCCAUCAGUAGGAUUCAAACAGUACAUGUAAAAUGGCAGACCUAGGUGGAAAUUUGAAACAUAUCUGUCUGUGUUAUACCAUGGCACAUUUUGGAAGAAUUGUAGCAGUUAUGCUUUCCGGAGAGGAAAAACGAGGUGCGCCACAGUCAAUUGUUUUUAAAUUGUGUUGGCUUUUUGAAUAAGCACACCCAGUCCAAUGUAUGUAUAGCUGAAGUUGCUUAGCACUUUUCAGAACGUUGUGUGUAUUAGAAUAUAUGAUAUACUUCUCAGAUUAAAUUCAUUGUCACAUCUCAGAAAAGCUAGUGAAAGUUUUUCAUUGAACUAAUCCAAAGCUGCUAAACCAGGACUGGUGUUUUCUGCUUGUCUUAUGGGUCUUUCGAGUGUAAAAGUGUGUAGUUGUGUUGAUCAGUGCAGUGAAUAACUAGUGUAAGUGUAUGUCUGCUGUUGAACUUGGAGGUAUUUUUAGGCCAGGAUAUACCACUGCGUAGGAGAUCGCACUUACAGAGCACAGCAGUGUCAAUUUAUGGAGGCUACAAAUAACAGACUGUACUACUCUUUUUUUGUUUGUUUUUGUGCUGCAGAAUUUUAACGUAGGCAUGAAACAUGGCUGUGAAUCAUGUUGAUUUGUUUUUCAUCAUUAGCCUAACUAUUUAUUAAAUAUUUUUAAGUGAAGUAAAAAAUGAGUGAAAUGUAUUGCAUAAAACAAAUUGAAUGUUCAAAAUGUAGAAAAGUUACUUGUUCAUUAUACUUUUAAAACUGUGCCAAUGAGUUCAUAUCAUAUCAGUUUGUAUGAAUCCUGGUAUGUAAAUUUAUAAUGUAUGAACUGAUGUAACUUAGUAUUUCAAAGUAAUGCUUUGUAUGUGUUUUGCAUUUUGCACAUGCAAAUUGUUUCUGCAUACUUUAAGAAAAACUGUCAUAACCUGUUUAAAUGAUAGCUAAAAUAUAUCAGAUUGGUGAUUGAUAAAAAGAAAAGAGAAAAUACUUAUAAACAUAGAAAGUAUAACUUUACUGAACAGCCCCUGAGGUACGUGCAGAUGUCAGUAUUGAAAGAAUUUUAGUAUUGAAGCCUGUUCUAAACAUUACUGCUUUUAAUCAGAAGCAUGCAGAGACACAAUUCUGCUGUUAGUGCAGCAAGCAAGCCAGUGUUUAAAAUGUGCAUCCUAGUCAAGCUUUGCAUUAAAUUAUUUUUCUUUGAUUUUAGCUUUCAGGUUUAAGCGUCCUAAAGAGUGAUUUCUUGGAAGGCAUAGUUUGAAUUUUACACAGCAUAAACAUCUUCUCUUCCAAUGAUCUUGAGAAAACUAGUAUUGUUCUAACAAAUAUUGAGUUUAAGAUAUUCAUAAAUUUAUUUUUGUAUUUUUCAGUCAGUGAUUCUGCA